UGCGUUUGGCCAGUCACAGUACAUCGCUGCGCGCCAACAAGCGCCGGCUGUGCGCGAUACUGGCCGUCAACACAAUCGAACGCGAAAGUCAAUGAAAAUUCAAAUUUAAAAAUCGAAUUGCCGAACAUUUAUGAAUGUCAUUGCUCUGAGCGUUUAAAUAAAAUAAUAUUCCAAAUACGUAAUAUUUUUAUCGUAGUGGUAUUUUGUGUGAGAAAAUUGUUAUUUGAAAAAGUGUUGAUAAUAUUUUUGUUUAUGCAACAUUAUUGAAGUGUUUGUUUUACUAAGAUUGCAUUGAGAAAGCUAAUCCAAAAUGGAUUUGGAGUUUCGAAAUUUGACAUAUACGGUGCAAAGUCGCCUACCAAAAGGACCACGGAAGGUGGUGGUCAAAGGCGUAGAUGGAAGGUUCACGUCAGGCCAGUUGGUGGCCAUCAUGGGGCCUUCGGGUGCCGGCAAGAGCUCACUCCUCAACGCUCUAUCUGGAUACAGGUCCGCAGGCGUAACAGGUGAACUUCUGGUAAAUGGGCAGCCACGAGACGAGCAGCAUUUCCAGAGGUCAUCGUGCUACAUCACCCAGGAGGACCUGCUUCAGCCGCUGCUGACAGUUCGCGAAGCCAUGGACGUUGCAGCGAGGCUGAAGGCACCUAGAGGAGCCAAGUCACCUUCGGAAGAGAUCCUACAAGAAAUGGGUCUGCUGGAACACCAGCAUACGAGAACAGAUCUGUUAUCUGGAGGACAGAAGAAGAGGUUAUCAAUAGCGCUGGAGUUAGUGAACAAUCCACCAAUAUUCUUCCUGGACGAGCCUACCAGUGGACUGGAUACAGUCACAACCACCCAGUGCGUAAAGGUUCUGAAGUUAUUGGCGAGACAAGGCAGGACCGUGGUGUGCACCAUACACCAGCCUGCUGCAUCACUCUUGGAGAUGUUUGACCAGGUAUAUGUGUUGGCUGACGGGUACUGCAUAUACCAGGGCGACACAGCUGCUAUGGUGCCUUUUCUACAAACCUGUGGAUUGCCGUGUCCGAAGCAUCAUAACCCUGCUGAUUUUAUUAUAGAAAUAACAGAAACACCAGAAUACAUAACUAUACUAUCCAAAGAGAUAAUGAACGGGAAACUGUACAAAUCAGCAAAAUUGGACCAACCAGCGAUCGAGCCAAACGCGAACCAAAUGCAGCUAAAAAUCAGCUACCAGACUGACGAUGCGAACGAAACCGAGAUAAUCCUAUCAAAUGAAAAAUGCACAUAUAAAGUAACGAAAUACGAUGGUUCAAGUGCCUCUGUAAGUUCGUCGUCUAGCCAGCUUUCGAAUGGAAACUCUUCGAUGGCGUGGAUGAAGAUGCAAAAGUCAGACACAAUGGAAUUCUCCACGACGUACUGCGAACAGUUCUGCAUAUUGCUGAAGAGGAUGUUGACGCAAAUAUUCAGGAAUAAACAAGGUCUCAGUAUCCAGUUCAUUCACCAUGUGAUGUGUGGCUUAUUAGUAGGCACUUGUUUCUUCAACAUGGCCAACGAUGGCACGCAGAUGUUCAACCACCUCAAGCUGUGUGUUGGGCUCGUAAUAUUCUUUGCGUAUACACAGAUCAUGGUUCCAGUACUUGUAUAUCCUCAAGAAGUGAAACUGGUGAAAAAAGAACAUUUCAACUGCUGGUAUAGCCUGAACCCUUACUACGCUGCCCUCACAGUGUCGAAGCUCCCAGUCCAAAUAACGUUCAACAUAAUAUUCUGCACGAUCGUGUACUUCAUGGCCGGGGUUCCGUUCACUGUGAUGCGGUUUGUGGCGUUCUGUCUCGUUGGGAACGUUGUGUCCUUGGCUGCUGAAGGCUUCGGCAUGGCUAUUGGAUCCGUCUUCAAUGUUACGAAUGGCUGUGCUAUCGGGCCUUCAGCGAUCGCUCCAUUCCUCGGUCUCGCUAUCUACGGCUUCGACUUCGCCCACGAGAUCCCUCUCCUAAUGAACAUCCUCAUGAAGACUUCCUUCAUCAGAUGCGGUAUUGUGGCCAUGGUCCUUACCAUCUUCGGUUUCGAUCGUCAGCCCUUAGAUUGCGAAGACAUGUACUGCCACUUCGCUAAACCUGAGGUUCUCAUCAAGUAUUUGGAUAUUGAGAACAGUUCUGUCUGGUAUGAGAUCCUUACUAUGUUCGGAAUCAUGUUUGUCUUCAGAUCCCUAUGUUAUAUUGGCCUCAGGUGGCGAUUCGCUACAUGAGACUUCUGUCCACAUAGUCUUUGUAUGAGCUCGACCGUAAAUUGUGAUAUAAGCAUUACACAUUUCUGUUAGUACAAAAAUUACUUUUCGAUUUCUUGUGAUAAUUUAAGAUUUAAAUUAUUAAGUUGUAGGUAUUUGAAUACCAUUUUAUUUUGUAUGUAGUUACUGAUGCUUUAUUCAUCAUGUCCAGCUAUUUGAAUGGGAUAUUGUAAUUUAUUUUAAUUGCUAGGUAAAUUUGUUUAUAUUGGGUAUUUGUCUCGAAUUGAUGUAUAAAUCGCUUUCAUUACACUUUCGACUGUAAAUAAUGAUUAUUCUAUUAAUGAUACAAAACUGUGAGGGCGUUUUGAAGAGAAAUACCAGUUUUUCGAACUUUUUUAUCAUCAUAGUUCUCUAAUUACGUAUCAUAAUUAGUAAAAAUCAAGUAAUUCAUUGAUAAACAUGUCAUAUACUUACCGACUUGAGAACAUUUUCAUUCCAUUAUAUUUUUUUGUCACAAAACACUAUAGAUAUAUACGUAGUUAUGUAUCCAGCCAAAGAUACUGUUUACAGAUACAUUUUUGACUGAUAUUUCUUUAACACUUAGGUAUAACAAGGCAGUGUAGUACUCAUUUCUCUUGCCCUUUAAUUUAAUGUAAGUUAUAGUUUAAAUUAUGUUUGUAAUGUAUGAAUAGUACUAAAACCUCCAAAAGGGUUGUUCGGUUGUAAUCAAAUGAUGCAUAUUUAAUACAAAUGGAAGAAAAGUAGAUUUAUACACCACUUUAAUAGAAGUACAACAUUUUGAUUAAAUUCACAGAUCAUCAAAAAUAUCUUUACAAACAAGGAUUUGUAGGUAAAUUCAUUUUUAUCUUACUUUAUCAAAGUCUGUACUCUUGUACAAGUUUACCUUAGGUUUAAAAUAAUCGAAACGAGAGUGAGCUCUGAUUGGUUGGUUUAUUCGAUCUGGCCAAUCAGCGCACAGCGCAAGCGCUGGGCAAACGCGCUCUCGUUUCGAUUAAUUUUGGACUUAGAUAAAGUAAGACAAACAUGAAUUUAUCUACUAAUCUUUAUAUAAAGCAAACUAUACGAACAGAAUAAAGUUCUACAGAAAUUGUACUAAAACAAUUCUUUUGGACUCAAAGCAGAUGUUUGUAAAUAUUAUUAAUAUUUUUUUAUGUUCAUUAUAAACGGGACCACAAUCAGUGUGAUACUUAGCUAACCAUGCAACCCAGUACUACAGGUAAAUACUUAUGUAUUUGUAGAUAAUAAUAGAAUGUGGUGUUGGCAUUUGAAAAAAGAUUGUAUACUUAUACUUACCUACUUUUAUUUAUUUAAUUUUAGUAAUAUUUGGGGAGUAUGCCCAAAACAUUGUUUGAUAGACCUCAAAAAGAAAGAUAGAAACUAUGAUAGCUAUACAUAUAUUAAAUGUAAUUAAUUAUGUUUUUAUCGUAUAUAUUAAGUCUCUUUUCGUGAUACCUGUAAGUAAUUUUUUUGCUGAUGACUGUAAUGAGUAAAAAUUUUAAGAGCUAAAAGAAAUGAUGGUUUUCUCCAGUAUCCUUAGUAUGAGUUGGCUUUACGUUUAAAGCCGGGUCCAGACGAGUGUAACGUGUAAUGUAAUCCACCAUGUAAUGUAACACGAAUUCUACGUGUGGACGGCAGUACGAGCAUUACAUGUAACGCUCGCGCGGCGCUCGGGGUUGAUCCAUCGGCUGUCGGUUUUUCGCGCGAACACAAAGACGCAACUGAGUGGCACACAGCUUUUGAAAUAUUUUCGCGUUCACAAUUCGCUUUGAGUUCGUGUGCCGUCCACACUGUUGAUGCUAAAUUACACGUAAUGUUACAUUACACGUUACACUCGUCUGGACCCGGCUUAAAGUAAUUUCAAAACGAAAACGCGUUCGGUGCUCUGAUUGGCUGGCUCGAAUAAACCAACCAAUCAAAGCGCUGAACGUGCUAAGCAAACUCGUACUAAGAGUACAAUUUUUUUUAACUAUUUUAGAGAAAAAAAUCCUAUACCUAAAACAAUCAAUAUUUUUUGGGCCUUAGUUUAAUUAACAGUUUAUGUCUUUAUAACGAAAAUAAAACUUAAUCUAUUUGUAAUUAGAGACGACUUUUCGUCGUCUGACGUCUGAAAAUAUUUCGUUUCUAUAGCUCAUUCCUUUAAAUUAUGACUUUAGUGGUGGUAAACAUUAAUUUAGUUAGUAAAAGCUGUCACACAGCGUAAAAUAAAGUGAUAUAAAUAUGUUAUUUUUAAGAUGUUGGGCCAACAUUAUUGGUCCAAUAUUGGCAUCGUGAAAGUCUUGUGAUCAAGUAUGACUUAAAUGUUGGCGGCAAACUAUUUGGCCAAUCAGAGCAAAACUAUUGCACUAUUUAAAAGUUUUUAGGAAAGACCCAGUUACUACAUGUUUGCCUGAAAGCAAGUUAAUAGUUAAUUAUAGAUGGCUCAGAGACCAUAGUUGUGUCCACGUUAUACUUGAUCACAAGGUUCUUGCGAAGCAUAAUCUUAUUUUUGGCUAAGCGAAAAUAAACUUUAUUAGCCGACUUAGAAGCUCUCUUCAUUUGGCCCAGUGCAAAUAUGAAAUCUAAACCCAUGUUAUACGGUUUAUUUUCGUUUAGUACUCUACUGAACACAAGUGACAAAUGAAAAUCUACUAAGAGAUAUUGUAACAGUGAUAUUAUUUAUUUUGAAAAGUAACAAUUAAAGGAUUUCAUUCGUCAAAUGUGAGAAAACAAUGCUUUUUAUACUUUUAUAUGAAUCAGAAUAAAAUAUAAAUUGACAAGUGAA